AGAAACGGGGGGGGUUUCAUCAUAUAUUGCUAGGCAAGAUUAGACGCGAUAAACGGCUGUGCACAUAAGACAACACCGGGCGCAUACGGAGAUGCAGGCUGGCGUGAGAUUAUUAACAACGAGGGAAAGGUCAUGUUUCAAAGAGGGCCGUGGAGUGACUCGCUAUUAAGAGACCUGCCGUCCACAGACUUUUGCUCUUCGUUACUGCUGUCAGGCCCCCGUGCCCCUCCCCAUGAUCUCGCCGAGCGUCAGGCGUCCAACGCAAUGUGUGUUUGUCAAACCAUGGAGGUGGGACAGUGCGGCAAGAGCACCGUGUGUCACAGGGGCCGGGGUGUCCUGCUGGAACCAUUCAUUCAUCAGGUGGGAGGUCAUAGCAGCAUGAUGCGCUAUGAUGACCACACAGUCUGCAAGCCUCUUAUUGCCCGGGAACAACGCUUCUAUGAAUCUCUUCCACCAGAGAUGAAAGAAUUUGCCCCUGAGUACAAAGGUGUAGUAUCUGUCUGCUUUGAAGGUGACAGUGAUGGUUACAUUAACCUUGUGGCAUAUCCCUUUGUGGAGAGUGAAAACAUGGAUCAAGAAGAAACCCCUGAGAGGGACCACCCAAGACGCAAGCACUCCCGCCGUGGACUUCAUCGCGCUAAUAGUGUUCCAGCCAGCAGUGAACAUAAGGAGGAGCAGCCAUUCUUGACUGGGGAGGACUCUGAGAGUGUCCAGGAGAUGAAGAGCCCGCAGCUGGAGCUGCUGAUGCAGUCAGAAGUUCCCUUUCAGAUGCUGGAUGGCAACAGUGGAAUAAGCUCAGAGCAGAUUAGCUACAACCCCUGGAGCCUUCGCUGCCACAAACAGCAACUCAACCGCAUGCGCUCAGAGUCCAAAGAGAGGAAACUCUACAAGUUCCUUCUCUUGGAAAAUGUGGUCCACCAUUUCAAGUUCCCGUGUGUUCUGGACCUUAAAAUGGGCACAAGACAACAUGGUGAUGAUGCUUCUGAGGAAAAGGCAGCACGGCAGAUGAAGAAGUGUGAGCAGAGCACAUCCGCCACGCUGGGCGUGAGGGUGUGCGGCAUGCAGGUCUUCCAAAAAGACACCGGACACUACCUGUGUCUGAACAAGUACUACGGCCGUGGACUGAGUGCUGAGGGUUUCAGAAAGGCUCUGUACCAGUAUCUUCACAACGGUAUACAUUUGCGCCAAGACCUACUCGAGCCUAUUCUGAGCAAACUAAGACGCCUUCUGUCUGUGCUGGAGAUCCAGGCUUCUUACCGCUUCUACUCAAGCUCCCUCCUGAUAAUCUAUGAUGGGGUGGACUGCUCAAGGGGAGGGGCCAUUAACCCCAAGGACCUAGAAUCAGUACCCAUGGUUGAUGUACGCAUGAUAGACUUCGCCCACAGCACCUAUAAAGGCUUCCGUGAUGACCCUACAGUGCAUGAUGGACCAGACAAUGGUUACGUGUUAGGCCUACGUAGCCUGAUAAGCAUCUUGGAGCAAAUUCGAGAUGAGAACCAGUAAUCUGGGUAGAGAACUACCUGUCCUGACAUCUAAGCUCCUCCAUGGCUCCCACUGUCCUUUUCCUUUGAAUGGAUAUUGUCACGGUGGCAUAAGGGCUCAGAGAGGGAUUUCAUGGACAUGUGAAACGCACAAUAAUAAGAGUGCCACAGUGGAAUUACAUAUCUCUUUGCACUUUUUUUCACAGUAUAAACCAAAUUAUGUUCUC